AUGGCUAAAACAUCGAAACAAACAAAGAAGUUUCAAAGUAAACAUUUGAAACACACUUUGGAUCAUCGUAAAGAACAAAAAAAACACAAACAAUUGAAAGAUAGACAUAAAAAGAAGGCUACUAAUGGUGAUGCUACUACUGAUGCUCAACCUGCAAAAUCAAAUGAAAUCUUUGAUGAUAUGAAUGUUGAAGAAUUCUUUGAAGGUGGCUUUGAAGUUCCAAAAGAGAAAAAACAAGCUAAAGGUAAAGAUUCUCAAAAAUCCAAAAAAGUUGAAUCUGAAGAUGAUGAAAGUUCAUCUGAUGAAGAAAUUUUAGAACAUCAAGAUGAUUUAUCAAAAUUAGCUGAAAAAGAUCCAGAAUUUUAUAAAUAUUUACAAGAUAAUGAUAAAGAUUUAUUAGAUUUCAACCCUUCAAACCCAUUAGAUGCCAUUAGUGGUGAUGAAGAUGAUGAAGAUCAAGAAGCUGGUGAAGAAGAAGAUGAUGACGAAGAUAAUAAAAAAGUUUCCAAAAAAUCAAUUGAAGUUGAAGAAGAUGAUAAAAUUGAAGUUACUUUGAAAUUAGUUAAAGAAUGGAAUAAAAAAUUAAAUGAACCAUCAUUAAAAUUGAUUAAAAAUAUUGUUUCAGCUUUUAAAUCUGCAGUUAAUGUUAAUAAAGAAAGUCAAGAAUAUAAAUAUACCGUUACUGAUCCAAAAGCUUUCCAAGAAUUAAUUUUCCUUGGUUUAAAGAAAGUCCCAAUUGCUGUACAAAAAAUUGUUCCUUACAAAACUAUUAAAAACACUAGAACUGUUCCAAAAAACACUAAAGUUAAACAAUUAAAUACAAUUUUAAAAUCACAUGCAGGUGCUUUAUUAACUUUAUUAAAUGAUAUUACAAAUACUGAAACCGCUGCAUUAGUUUUAUCUUCAGUUCAAGAAUUAUUACCAUUUUUCAUUAGUUUUAGAAGAUUAUUAAAAGAAAUUAUCACUUCAGUUGUUAAUGUUUGGUCAUCAACUUCAGAUGUUGAAACUCAAAUUGCUGCUUUUGCAUUUUUAAAUAAUUCUUCAAGAGAAUUUUCCAAAUCAAUUUUGGAAAAUGUCUUGAAAUUAACUUAUUCAUCAUUUAUUAAAAAUUGUCGUCAAACAAAUAUUCAUACAAUGCCAAUGAUUAAUUUCCAAAAAAAUUCUGCAGCUGAAUUAUUUGGUGUUGAUGAAAAUUUAUCUUAUCAAAUUGGUUUUGAUUAUGUUCGUCAAUUAGCUAUUCAUUUAAGAAAUAGUAUUAAUAAUACAAAAGAUGGUUAUAAAACUAUAUAUAAUUGGCAAUAUGCUCAUUCUUUAGAUUUCUGGUCAAGAGUUUUAUCAGUUCAAUGUAAUCCUGAAAAGGAAAUUAAAAAGCAAAGUGCAUUAAGACAAUUAAUUUAUCCUUUAGUUCAAGUUACUUUAGGUGCUGCAAGAUUAAUUCCAACUGCUCAAUUUUUCCCAUUAAGAUUUUAUUUGAUUAGAUCUUUAAUUCGUUUAUCACAAAAUACUGGUGUUUUCAUUCCAUUAUUCCCAUUAUUACAAGAAAUUUUAAAUUCAACUACAUUAACAAGAAAUCCAAAAAAUUCAAACUUACAAGCUUUUGAUUUUGAUCACAAUAUUAAAGUUAAUAGUGCUUAUUUAGGUACAAGAACUUAUCAACAAGGUGUUACUGAACAAUUUAUUGAUUUAGUUGGUGAAUAUUUUGUUUUAUAUUCUAAGAGUAUUUCAUUCCCAGAAUUAGCAACUCCAGUUACAAUUUCUUUACGUCGCUAUAUUAAGACUUCUAAAAAUGUUAAAUUUAAUAAACAAUUAUCAAAUAUGGUGGAAAAAUUAAAUCAAAAUACUGAAUUUAUACAACAAAAAAGAUCAAAUGUUGAAUUUGGUCCAACUAAUAGAGUUGAAGUUAAUAGAUUCUUAAAAGAUUUCAAUUGGGAAAAAACUCCAUUAGGUGCUUAUAUCGUUGUUCAAAGAGAAGUCAAAGAAGAAAGACUAAGAUUAUUAAGAGAAAGUUUAUUAGAAGAUGAAGAAGAACGUAAAAAGGCUAAAGAAGUUAAAGAUUUCCAAGAUAGUGAAGAUGAAGAAGUUGAAGAAGCUAUUGAUGAACUUGAGAGUGGUGAAGAAGAUGAAGAAGAUGAAGAUGAAGAAAUGGAAGAUGAAGAAUAA